AACUGCGGGCUGUGAUCACAGGAGUUGGAAAGCCACUGUACUCCACUCGGGGCAUCUGGGCCCCAGCUCGGAGAGCCCACAUUUCUCUUUCAUGCAAAGGUGAAAGGCAUGGUCCCUGUUCUUAGCCAACUCUGGGUCACUGGGGGAAAUGGACACACACCUAGUUACAAUUCAGCGAGAUGAGGGCUCUGAGAGAAAAGUUUUUGAACAUUUAAACUGAAGAGGAGUUAACGAACUGUACACAGUAGUUCUGCUUAUCUUCACCAAGAUCAGUGACAAUAGGGACAAUCCAUUCUGAAGCCCACCACCCAAGGGACAGAUCUUCUGAAGGGCAGGGAGGCUGGUGUACGACGUGCCACAAGGGGACGAAGAUGUUUCGAGGAGGAGGGUGAGAAAAUCGAGCCAGUAGCCAGGAGCAAGUAACUUCACCUUCCCAUGCUUUAGUCUCUACUAUAAAAUGAGAGGUUGCACCAGGCAGCUCUGAGGUCAACAUUUUAUGACUUCUGAGUUAAAGAACAGUUCUUGUUAAAGUAGAAUUAAAUACAUGUGCGGCCGAAAUUAAUCCCAUUCACUGAGCUCCAGGUGAAAUUGGCUCAGACCUCUAUUCUUCACACAAACCAUGACUCCCCUAAUCUUCCAAGAAAUCUGGGGGGUAACAACUUGUAUUUCUUCAGCUGACCCCUGGGUCUAAGCUCCUGCUAGUUCUGAGUUCCUGUUUGCAAACCAUCUUACUUUAAGCAUGUGCUGAUCUUUUUCGGUGCCACAUGACCCCUGAUCAGACCCAUCCUGAUCCCUGAAUUCUCUGAAAUCUCACUGGCCCUAACAUAUGUGUGAUUUGUCCUAUUUGUUGCAUCUGCCACCCAGCUUUCAAUGUGAUGGACGUCAUUAUAUGGACGUGAGAAGACUAAAGUUUGUUGGAUACGCCUGACAGAAAGCAACGGCCAAAUCCACCCACACCUGAAUCCCAUCGGCCUUGGCAAAGGGGCUGCAGCAGCAUUUCCUCCCAAUUUGGAGAGAGCAGCUGGGUGUUUGUUUAAAAUGCGAUUUCUGGGACUCUGCCGUGUCCCUGAAUCAGACUCUUCAGAGAUGGGACACAUGCGUUUGCAACUUCAACAAAUACCUGGAUUCUUAAGAAUGUUGAAAUUUGAGAGCCACUGUUUGGGGAGUCCUAAGUCAUAGCAGAUGCACAGCCCAACGUUCGGCGCUACCAGGGCUCCUGGGCUGGGCCAGACCACCGCAGGCUCCUCCCAGAUGAGAGGCCGGAUGUACAGCCCGGUCCUUGUCUACCACAUCAAACCAGCAGAAACAGAUGCGUUUCUACACGCUGGGCCAGUAAUAAAAGUAAAAAUUCCAAAAGAUAAGGAUGGUAAACCAAAGCAAUUUGCAUUUGUGAAUUUCAAACAUGAAGUAUCUGUUCCUUAUGCAAUGAAUCUACUUAAUGGAAUCAAGCUUUUUGGAAGACCCAUCAAAAUUCAGUUUAGAUCAGGAAGUAGCCAUGCCUCACAGGAUGUCAGUCUGUCAAGUCCCCGGCAUCAUGUUGGAGAGUUGAGCCCUACCUCCACAUCUCCCAGCAGGUAUGAAAGGACUGUGGAGAACAUGAGUCCAUCAGCACAGACAAUUCAGAGAUCUCCUGAAAAUUUUCAGAGACAAGCAGUGAUGAACAGUGUUUUGAGGCAGAUGCCGUAUGGCGGGAAAUUUGGUUCUCCGCUCCUGGAUCAGUCAGGAUUUUCCCCAUCAGUUCAGUCACAUAAUCAUACUUUUAACCACUCUUCGAGCUCCCAGUGGCGCCAAGAUACACCAUCACCACAGCGGAAAGUCCGGCAGAAUCCUCACCCCUACGUGGCGGACAGACACUAUGCCCGCGAGCAGCGUUACCCUGACCUUGGGCCCGACCACCACUACAGAGGACGCAGAGAUGAUUUUUUCUAUGAAGACAGGAGUCCCGAUGGCUGGGGCCAUGACUACGAGAACAGGAGAGACGCCAGUAGAGAGGGAAAGUGGCGUUCGUCUCGACACUGACGGGGGUUGAAAGGAAGACGUCCUUGGAGGGUCAUUCUUGGCCCUUUUGGCCAAGAUGAUCUGGGGAUGUUCUGUUAGAACUGUACAGAGCAGCUUUGCAGAUGGCCAUAUUUCUUCAUAAAAAUUUUAAAACCUAUUGCUCCAAUCUAAUACAGAAUGAGAAUAAUUGUUCCAUUUUUAUUACAUUAAUGACCUUUCACCUCAGGGUUUUAUUAAGAGGAAAGGGUUUUAUACAUAAGAAAUAACCGCAGUUCCUAGUCAUUUUAGACAAUUGAGGAAGGGAUGUAUCAUAUGGAUUGGUUGUAUUAUAAAGCAAAUAUUUUAAUGAUCUGUUAUCUUUUUUGUAAUGCGAGAAGUUUCUUGUUAGUAAGAUAAUUGGUGUAUAUAAUAGAAAACAUUCCAGUUAGUCUGAAAUGACUAUCAGUAUUUUGUUAAUACAUGAGAAAAUGUAAUUUCAGUGAUUCAUUUUACUAACAUUUUAUUGGAGAAAGCCUAUUGAUAAAGUUUGGGGAUGAAUCAUAUUGUUAAAUGCUUUAGAGAAUUUAAACACACAUUCUGUGACAUUCUCUUUUGAGUUUUACUCUAACUGAACAUACAAGUAUAAAUCUGCCCAUGCUCUCUCAUUCUGAAAUUUUAGAACCUGCUCGUUAAAUCAUGUUUGAAGUUGCUCAGGAAAUUAAAUAUCUCUAAAUGAAUUUUUUUACAUAAAAAAUACAGUAUUAUUAUAAAUCCCUUUUUUUAGGAAGAACAAUUUUAAUGCAUGGUCAGAUAAAACAGUAAAAUGUUUCAUUGAAAGUAUACUUUUUUGGAAAAAAAGGUUCAUGAAGCCUUUAAGUGCUGCCUCUAUCACUCAAACUUUAAAAAUUUGAACAUUUUCAGAGCGCCCAGGGUAUGUACGAGCAUACAUUUUAUUAUGGAGAAUGUAUAGGUUGCUUUUUUUGUUUGAACAUUUGAUAGAACUUAGUCUUAAAACUUUUCUGAUUUAAAAAAUUUUUAAAUCUAAUUCAACAAAACUUUCAUGUAUCAAGAUGCUAAUUCCCUUUCAUUGUAGAACUUGUUUAUAAAAAUCCAUUCCUUGAAAAAUUUAGGUCCUUUUUAAUAUUAACUAUAAUAUUUGUACUAUGUUGCUUUUUAAUAUAUUGAAAAUACAAAAAAGGGGUCUGUCCUGUUUUUUGACUUAGAGACAUUGUACACAAAAAGUUAACAAAAUACUUUUAUUCCAUGAUUGCCUGGUGUUAAGAAUGGCAGUUCUUCACAUUUGGAGCACCCUGAAAUACACCUUUUGUACAUAAUAGACUUAAUAUUUUAGAAUCAGA